AUGGCUUCAAUCAUCAGAGAAACACAGAGCAUAAAAGAAGCUGUGAGAUUCAUCAAUACUAUUGACGUGAAUAAGUUCUCCAGGCUGAUCUCACGGAUCAUUCAGAGACUCCACCUGAAGGGAGAGAGGACGUUUAGUGAAGAAGAAGAGCAAAAGCUACAAUCAGCUUUGUGUUUUGAUAAACAAGCACUGAGCCUUGUUUUGGAGACCUCCGCUUUCAUUCUGGAACAGGCCGUUUACCAUAAUGUGAAGCCUGCAUCUCUGCAGCAGCAGCUGGAGUCUGUUCAUUUAGACCAGGACAAAGCAGAGGUCUUUGCUCAAACAUGGGCGAGUGCUGGUCCUGAGCUGGUGGAAAAACUAAAGCACAACAUAUUUGCACCCAAAAAGCUGGAAAAUGUGGGGUGGCAGCUGAAUUUGCUGAUGGCCCAGUCAAGCCAGUCCAAGAUGAAAUCCCCCAGUGCGGUGCUGCAACUCGGGCUCCGCAGUGAGGAUUCGGAGUCUUAUCCGAUGGAAGAGGAUGGGCCCCAGCGCUGGCAGAAUGCGCGUCUGUGGGUGCGCUCCUAUCCUCCCGGGGGGCUGCUUGCCAUACGAUGA